AUGGAGAAAGGGGCGCCCUCUGGACUGCCUCGCCUGUGCGUGCUGUGGGCAGCCCUGCUGGUGGAACUCUGCCCCUGCGGCGCCCACGGCGGGAACUGGAUGUGGUUGGGCAUUGCCUCCUUCGGUGUCCCAGAGAAACUGGGCUGCACUAACCUGCCCCUGAAUGGCCGCCAAAAGGACUUGUGCAAGAAAAAGCCCUACCUCUUGCCCAGCAUCCGUGAAGGAGCGCGCCUAGGAAUCCAGGAAUGCCAGAGCCAAUUCAGACACGAACGGUGGAACUGUGUACUCUCGCCAGAUACCUCCUCUUUGGUGUCAAGCCCUUCAUCCAUCUCUAUGGCUCUUUCCUCUUCUGUCUUUGGUUAUGAACUGAGCAGCGGUACCAAAGAAACAGCAUUUAUCUAUGCAGUGACCGCAGCUGGGCUGGUGCAUUCCGUGACGCAUUCGUGCAGUGCAGGAAAUAUGACCGAAUGCUCCUGUGAUACCAACCUUCAGAAUGGGGGCUCGCCUAGUGAAGGCUGGCAGUGGGGUGGCUGCUCCGAUGACAUCCAGUAUGGAAUGCGGUUGAGCAGAAAAUUCUUAGAUGGUCCUGUAAGAAACAUCACUGGAAAAGAUGGGAAUGGAUUGAUUGCCAUGAAUUUGCAUAAUAAUGAAGCUGGAAGACUGGCUGUAGCCAAAUUAAUGACAGUGGAUUGCCGUUGUCACGGGGUCUCUGGGUCCUGCGCCCUGAAAACAUGCUGGAAAACCAUGUCCUCUUUUGACAAGAUUGGUAGUCUUUUAAAAGAUAAGUAUGAAAACAGCAUCCAUGUUUCAGAGAGACUGAAAAAGAGACUACGCAGGAAAGAGAAAAGCCAGCGCAAGAUGCCGAUCCAUAAAGAAGAUCUGCUCUAUAUCCACAGGUCCCCCAACUACUGUGUUGAAGAUCACAAACUGGGUGUCUCUGGGACACAAGGAAGGGAGUGUAAUCGAACUUCUGAAGGACCAGAUGGCUGCAACCUCCUGUGCUGUGGUCGUGGAUAUAACACUCAUGUAGUCAGACACGUGGAGAGAUGUGACUGCAAAUUUGUCUGGUGUUGCUAUGUGCGCUGCAGAAAAUGCGAGAGUAUGACUGAUGUUCACACUUGCAAAUGA